AUGGGUCUCCCUAAGACAGGCUUCCCCGCAGUGCGCGCCUGCAUUUUCGACAUGGACGGACUUCUCAUCAACUCCGAGGACAUCAUCGGUCUCUCUACGAACCAGCUGCUAGAAAAGUAUGGAAGACCUCCUUUGACGCGAUCAAUUCAAGCCCAGCUCAUGGGUGUCGCGGACUCCACAAACGGCGAUAUAUUCCACAACUGGGCCAAGUUGCCUAUCCCCCGCGAGCAAUUCGCUCGUGAAUCCAGUGAAGGCAUGCGACUACGGUUUCCGGAUUGCAGGCCUCUGCCUGGCGCGGAGGAUAUUCUGUCGCGCCUGAGCCGUGCCCGGAAUGCUUCGUCUGGGGACACGAUCCAGCUAGCUUUGGCUUCUAGCUCAAAGACCGGUAGUUAUGAGUUGAAAACAUCGGGCCCGGAAUCGAAGCGACUGAUGAGCUUCUUCGGUUCGGAUAGAAGGGUUCUAGGUGAUGAUCCGCGAGUGCGACAGGGUCGAGGGAAGCCAGCGCCUGACAUUUAUUUGCUCGCGCUGCAGUCGCUGAACUCGGGAAUAACCACCGGGGGAAGGGCCAUCCUACCCAGUGAAUGUUUGGUCUUCGAAGAUAGCAUCGCUGGUGUAGAGGCUGGAAGACGGGCUGGGAUGAGAGUUGUUUGGGUACCACACCCAGAUGUAGCGGUCGAGUAUCAGCCGAUGCACAAGGAUAUAUUGGCGGGGAGAUCAGGGAGAUUUACGGUAGGAGAUGACUGGCAGCUAGGAGAGGUUGAUGAUGGUUGGGCUGAAAGUAUACCUAGUUUAGAACACUUUGAUUAUGAGAAGUAUGGCCUUGACUUAAUGGAAUAG